GAUCGAUCGCCAGAUGGUAGCAGCAGUUCCGUAGUCCGCCAUAUUGUCAUUUAUUUGUCGUCGGCGAAAUUUUUAGUUUGUUUAUUCAUCGACAAUGUCUUUCAGGCGGAAACUGUUGGCUUUGGAAUAUCAUAACCCGGAGGCAUUUAACAUCAAGGACGAUAAGUGCAUUCGAGCCAUUGUCCAUUGGCUAGAAGACCAAAAGAUUCGUCAUUACAAGAUCUCCGAUCGCGACGCAAUCCGCGACACGGCGAGCGACACAUGGCAAGAAGCCUUCAAGAACUACCUCUCGGAAUUGGGUUGCCCUUACAACGCCGACGAGACCCCCGCGGUGAUGGACUGGCUGCUGGGUUACGCCGUUCGUCUGGAAUACGGCGACAACCUGGAGAAGUACAAAGUGGCCACUGCCGAUUCGGUGAAACGACUGAAGGCCGACGGAAAGACCCAGUCUUCGAAUCCUCUCGACAAUCUGGACUUUAACGACCCCCAUUUCAAAGCCGGCAUCGCAUCUCUAUCCAUGAUACUGCAGAUUCCACCCCAUCCCGAUCACCUGGAACAGCUAAAAGCCAUCUGUAUUCUGGUGCAGGAGAAAUUCUCCAAGGAAGCCCUUGCCAAAAGCAACUUUUCGGGCAACCCUAAGGACCAUAUCCCAAUUGAUAAGACAGUGUUAGGUUUCGAUGCUGGCGAUUACAUAUUGAACGAUGCUGCUAAGGUAUUGCGUCUGCUGCACAUCAAGGAACUCCGUGAGUUGCAAACUAACAUAAAUAGCAUUAUUGUAGGGGUACAAGCUUUGACGGCGAACCCCAAAACUGACACUAGGCUUGGUAAAGUAGGUAGGGCUUGAAUUGGCCCUUUUCAAAGGAACAGAUUUUCUUUGUUUUUUUACUAUUUCUGUGCCUGUCAUUAUUACUUUAUACUUUGUGACACUUGUUCCUUGAAUGCCCUUUUCUUUUUUUUUUUAACCUUCCUAAACAUAUAUAAAACAAGGAAAGAUGACCGAAAUAUUGUUGGUUUUUUUUCUUCUUUUAUGUUAUAUCUAUUAAAGACAUCAAUUGAGCUCCAGCCCAACAAACACUCAAGUCCCAGUUAUUAUUAUACAUACACGUCGCACAUUUCUGUGUGUUUGAAGUUUUGUUAAUUAAUAUCUUCUUUUGUGUGUGUGUGAUUUUUCUUUAGGUAGAUCCUGCUUUGUAAGAAGAUUUCCAUUAAAGACAGCACAAAGUAUUUUCCAGCAAAACAAC